AUGAGGUCCAAAAUUUGUGGUGCGAAUCUUGCUCGCAAGCUCGUCCUUGAGUUCGCCGUUCAGCGUGAUUCGGAAAUCGUCCACAAAGCUCUUCUUGAGUUCCACGCUCACGCUCAUGUCACAAAUUAUCAGAUGGAUAACAGGUCUCGAAAGGAGUUCAGGAGAAACCGCCGCCAAGAACAGAAUGAACGAAAAGACGACGUUCCUUUGCAGGACAGUUAUAUCGUUGUGCGGAUCGUGACCAACGGUGGUAUCGGUAUCGGCCUUGACUUCGAUGCUGGAUUCCUUGACGCGGAAGACAGAGAACUGCUCUGGUAUGCUAGACAUCUAGCUUCCAAUUUCAACAAUAAUACUUCCCCGAAGCGUGCCAUCUUCCGCCUGAAUGCGAGAUAUAUCGAGUACGAGGUACAGAACGCCCGCACAAAGCGCAAAACUGAAGAGCAGGAACGUUUCUUUCGCCAGUUUAGUGAUUUCUUUGAGGUGACCCAGCCAAUUCUGGCCCCCUAUAGGGACGUACGUGGAAACCCUAUCACUCAGUGGGGACAACUCGUAAAACGACAGAUCGUCGCAAGCGAAAGCAAUGGUCUCGUGCCAUUCCCCUCUCAAACUUCUUUCGCGACCCGUGAGGAGAACCAGAUUAUCAUGGCGUAUGGCUCAUUUCUCGAAUGGAAACGGGAGUCCGAACUUGCGGAGAAUGUUUCGGAUAAGCAACACAGUGUCUCGUUUUUGGUUGUUAAGCCCUCUACAGUCUUGGCUCUGGUGCGGCUCAAUAUACCAGAGAACCUCGGGAUCGAACACUGGACGCCCCGUGAGAAUACUGCCGUCCAAAUCAAAUUCCGCCCUCCGAACAUGAUGAGGGUCGGGGACGUCAAAUGCAUUGGAGUGAUGAUCCACAACAUCUUCGGCUUGCCUUACGAAGAUGGCGUGCUGUUCUUGAUCCCUGGAGCCAACACAUCAUUCUAUUCUUCAUUUGCUGUAGACGUUGGACAGCGGCCUCGCUUUUAUCCGGCCAAGUUGAAGAUCUCUGUCCCUCAGUCGGGCGCACAGAGGCAACUCGAUGGAAUUAAUCGCUUAUGCACGUCGGAUUCAGAUUCUCAUCUCGAAGCAUUCUCUUAUGUCUCUCUUAAUAGAGAAGCUGGCGCCAGACGCCUGAUAAAUCCGUUUUCCAGCUUGGAUCUGCCGUCUGAAAUUGUGCAGGGUGCGAUAGAGACAGUUCUGCAGUCAGGCAUCGAAUGGUCAGCAAGUCAGAUCGCCUGCAUAAGGUCGAUCACGGCGCUUCCUAACGGUAUUCUUUUAGUCCAAGGAUAUCCCGGCACUGGAAAAACCUUCGUUUUAGUUGCUAUAACGUCAAUUUUAAAGUCCCUGGGGAUCCAUGUCAUAUUUACGGCUCCAAGUCACUAUGCUGCAGACGCCAUUUGCGAUUCUAUGGAUAAAUGGGCAGAAAUUACUGGUACAAAUCUUUGUCCUCUCAGGGUCUACCGCCCCAUCUCUGAAUCGAGAGCGUUCAGAACGCAUGGAAGACCCCGUACAACCAAGGACAGUGAUGAGAAUGCCGUGGAAGAAGAUGCAGAGGAGUUUACCGCAAGCCACCAGGUUCAGACUGAUGCAGAGGAGGACUUCACUCCUGUUUUCAUUCCUCUGGAAAGCCAGAUUCGCAUGACGGAGACUCUUGAUGUGAUCAGGGAGGACAGCGAUAAGAGAUACUACGGCCUCCCAGCGAAGUCCUUGGAAGCACAUGUUUUCCGGUUAGCAUAUACCGAAGGACGACAACUAAUCGACACUUUCCCGUCCGAUGACCAAGUGCUGAAGUCCAAAGGUGAUUUAUUCUCUUCAAUUGAAGACGGUGAUGUCGAACCUGAAGGCGAAGAAGCGGAUAUGCUCGAAUACCUUCGGCAUUACGCUGAGAUGAUCCAAACGCAGACAUUUCGACAACUUGACGACGUUGUCAAGCGGAAGGCCCUUUUGGCUUUCAAAAAGGUAUCUCGGCAGGUUAUCAGAGAGGCUUCUGUUAUCGUCUCCACGAACAACAAUAUGGGGGACCCAAUCAUUGCCUCAAACUUCGGCCAAAAUGCAAAUGGGAUCUUUGUCAUUCGGGACGAAGACACAAAAGAACUAGAGUCAAAUGGUUGGAUCCCAAUUACCAAGCUAAAGGCGGGACCGAGCAUCAAGGGCCUCAUUACCAGUGGCGAUGAGCGGCAACUACGGCCUAUGGUCCUAUCGUUGCAAUCUAAAGAGCGGUAUAACGAGUUCGCCCAGCAGCUCGCCGUUUCCUUUCCUGCGAGGUUAAUAGCCAUGCAUCACCCUGUACAGAAAUUGACUGAACAAUUCCGAUUUCGCCCUUGUUUUUCGAGAUGGCUGAACCACCGGACUUACAACGGAGAGAUGAAGGACCAUCCCUCAACUACCGAGAUCACCGUAAAUGGCAAUUUUUUGACCUCCAUGAGACACGUUCUCGGCGUGGAAAAUGCGAAUAUCGACUUAGGCAACGUCAUUGUCAGUCUAGAUGACGCUUCGUGUGAAGUUGAGGCUGGAACGCACAGUCGCUAUAAUGAUGGCAAUCGACUCUGGGUGUUAAAGCUCGUCCUGGAGAAUUACCGAAACGGUGGGUACAAUGGAAAAGAUGUGACUAUCGUCACACCUUACAUGGCCCAAGUCGUUAGGUACCGUCAGACUCUCUUUGCACUAUCGAAGCGGGGCGGUCUUUUGAAGACAGAGCUCCCGAAGAUAGCUACCACCGACUCGAUGCAAGGAAAGGAGUCAAAGGUAAUCAUCUACGACUGGGUUGUCACUUCCGCAAACACUUUCGCUGAGAUGGGUUUCACGAUCGACAACAACCGCGGCAACGUCGGAACGAGCCGGAUGACGGAGGUGAUGAUAAACGUUCUGCCAGCGCGGGUGGGCUCUGACGCGAAGAGCAUGCCUCAGGGCCCGCAGCGGAACCAUUUGGGCGACAAGAUAAAUAAUGAUGUGCCCUACCCUUGCGCUUUCGCUCAAUGGUACUCGAGUGAAAGGAGUAUCAUUAGCUGCACGUGUCCGACAGAAGAGGAGCUCUUUCAGGGGGUCAGACCUGUGGAAGAGGAGGAAAUCAACUAUGCUCGGGAGACUGUUUCUGAGGAGACUGUUUCUGAGGAGACUGUUUCUGACAAGGCUACUCUGAUGGAGACUGCGUGGAAGUCCCUGACUUCUUGGUGGAAAUACCGAACACCAACUGGUACGUCGGAAUCUGCCGGUUGUAGUACAGAUGUCAAGGAAGCAUCGUCUGAGAAUGCUGGGGCCGUGUAUGUUUCGCCAUCAGUUCAUGAGAUCAGGGACGAAUCUCCAGGUGCGGAAGAUUGGGGUCAUGAAGCGUCCAAUGAACCAUCAUCCGUUCAUGAGAUCAGUGUUGGAAAUCCAGAUGCGGAACCUUUGGUGCAUGAGAUCAGACUCGAGUCCUCAGAUGCGGAAGAUUGGGGUCAUGAAGAGUCCGGGCACGCAUCUUCGGUUACUGAAGCGGAUGGAGAAGAGACGAUUGAACCUCAGGAGACCGUUGAAACCGAGAGUCGGUGGUGA